CCCUUCGAGAUAUAAAAGGCAACGGAGUGAACAGAGGAGACACAAGUCCCGGCCAACUAACCUCAGUCACACAGUUCUAGCGGGAGAGUUUACGAUGAAGAUCACGGACUUCCUCGUCGCAGGAGAUGUGGCUGCUGCCCUCGCCGAGUGCAACGCUCCAGGGUCCUUCCACCUCAAGAAAUUUUCCCAGACCUCUGGUCUCGCCAAGAAAUCUUCGGAAGAGAUGGGGAAAAUUUUCGGCAUUAUCGACGAGGACGGGAGUGGCUUCAUUGAGAAGAGUGAGCUCAAGCUGUUCCUACGGUACUUCUGUCCAGAAGCCCGAGAGUUGAGUGACACUGAGAUGGACAGUUUCGUCUCCGCUGGAGAUGUAGAUGGAGACGGCAGGAUUGAUUGCGGUGAAUUCCUGAGUCUGAUAAGUACGCAAGGAUAAAUCGGAUGGAGAUUCCCUUCAAGUUGCCGCUCCCAAACCCACCUCUGGAAACAAUGGAAAAUACCCGGAAUUCUUCAAAUCGAUCAGCGUCAACUCCUGUGUCGUCGAGUUGCACCCGAUGGAUUGUCACUGCUGGAUUUAGUCAAGUAACAGCAAUAAAAUCUCUUUGUGAA